AUGGCCGAUAUUUUGACGCAUGUCUUUAGGACAUUUAUCCAACACAAUGGAAAAACGAAGGAUUUCAAAAUCAUCGCACCAUCAAAAUGCAGUACUUUGGUGGUCGGAGACUGUAGCGUCAACCGUUCGUUGCUGCUACUUGCGGCGGUGACUGCUGCCUCUGAAUUGGGGCUCAAAGUCUCAUUUUUCACUCAGGUUCAAAUUCAGAGCCUUCCAGGAUCAUUACACGAAUCCAUGUCCAACCUGAGCCCCGACAAUUUGAAGAAAAUCACGUUUUCAUACCCCAGGUCCUUGGAAGAUUUGCUUCAGGAUGUGGCCUCUUUGCAUGAAUCAGCCUCUGGAUCUGCUGCCCCUACGUCGCUGAUCAUCGUGGACGGACUGGAGGGCUACCUGCGCGGGCCUGGGGUGAGUGGUGGCCUUCAGCAGGCGGAGCAGUCCUCUGCUGCACACAUCUCUGCUCUACUGUAUGACACGGCUGCAUUUCUCUCACAGACCUUGGAAGAGAGAACCGCUAGUCUGGCCCCCUGUCGGGUCAUAGCCUCGUUCCAGUCCGAGUGGGAAGGGCAUGCUGGUGGGGACUCCUCAGACCCUGUCCUCUCAGUGUUAGACCGCUACUUUCAGGUUAGGUGUACCUUGGACCAGGACUGGAACUCUGCCCCUGCUGUAGCAGGACCACGGGACACGUGGCAUGUUUACCUCUCUGGUGCUGGGAUCACAGAAGACCCUAUUGCUAAGGAUGAGGAGGACUCAAGUCUGGCACGAGAAUGGCGUCUGGUAAUUUGCCCCAAUCGCUCAAUGGAGUUUACAAUGGUUUGA